AUUCGCAUAAGAACAAAACAAAAGCCCAGCAGAAUCGCAACCCGUGGAGAAAAAUCCUCCGCAAAAUCUCUCUCUCGACCUUUCUAUCUAUAAAGCAUCACCACCUCUCAGAUCUCUCUGUUUGCAUUCACAAGUAUUGUUUUCUAUACAUACUCUGUUUGGGAGUAUUAGAAUGAUAUGUAAGGUGUUGUUUGGUGCUGACGGCGGCGGCGGUGUCUGUUUCAGAUCUCGGAGGAGCGAGGGGGCCUUGGGCAUUCUUCUACGGUUUUGAUUCGGAAGCUGCUUUUUCUUUGUCUUUUUUUUUUUUCCCCUCGCUUUUUAGGGUUUUAGGGGGCUGCGGAAAAUGGCCGCACCCUUUAGCAUUCCGGUCACUGCUCAACAGGUGGGGACUUACUUUGUGGGGCAGUACUACCAGGUUUUGCAGCAGCAACCGGACUUUGUAUACCAGUUCUACUCUGAGGAAAGUACCAUGCUUCGUAUCAAUGGAAACACACGCGAGACCGCCACUGCAAUGCUCCAAAUCCAUUCACUUGUUAUGUCUCUCGGUUAUACUGGAAUUGAAAUCAAGACAGCAAAUUCCCUGGAAUCUUUGAAUGGCGGUGUUCUUGUGAUGGUUUCUGGCUCGGUGAAAAUUAAGGAUUUUAGUGGAAAGAGGAAAUUUGUGCAGAUGUUUUUCCUUGCACCUCAGGAAAAGGGCUAUUUUGUGCUUAAUGAUAUUUUUCACUUUGUUGAUGAUGAUCCAAUUCACCAUCAUCCAGCAGUGUUAUUAGCCCAGAGCAAAUACGAGUCCAAAUUAAACGCUCCUGCUACUGUUUCAGAUCCAGUGUCCAAUUAUUUGCUUGGUGGAGAAAUCCAAGCAAGGGAGUUGGUGGCUCCUACUGAAGUAAAACAAAAUGGUAUUGUUGAGAAUUAUAGUCUUGCAAAGCAGAGAUUGCAGCAAGUCCCCGAGUCUGAGAGCAUCUUGGAGAACAAUUUUGCGGAAGAGUCAGAUGGUUGGCUUCAGAAUACAUUGAAUUCGGUACAAGACCAACUUCCUCCAAUGGUCGAGGAACCUGUUGGAGAGCCCCAAAAGCACACUUAUGCUUCUAUUUUACGGGUAGCUAGAGGACAACCUACACAAGCAGUUGCUUCACAGCCUUCUAUAAAAAGUGCACCUCUUAAUUCAGAGUGGGAUCAUGUUCCACAGCCCACCACACAGCAAUCAAGUGUGGUGUCAAAUACAUUUGACAGGUUUGUAGCGGAGGUGCCAGAGGAGGUUCCCUCAAUGGAAGAUGAAGACGAAAUCAAGUCUGUUUAUGUGAGAAACUUACCACCUACUGUAUCUGCUUCUGAAAUUGAGGAGGAAUUCAAGAAUUUUGGUAGACUCAGUGAGGAGGGUGUGGUCGUUAGAAGUCGCAAGGAGGUUGGUGUUUGCUAUGCGUUUGUUGAAUUUGAAGAUAUGAUUGGUGUUCAUAACGCAAUCAAGGCGGGUUCUGUUCAAAUUGCUGGACGACAAGUGUACAUUGAAGAGCGGAGACCAAACAGCAAUAUUCCAUCUCGGGGAUCAAGGAGGGGCAGGGGUAGGGUCAGCUACCAAGCAGAGGCACCAAGGGGACGUUUUAGCUCUCGGAGUUUUGGUAGGGGAAGUGACCAGGACUACAGCAGACUAAGAGGAAAUGGUUUCUAUCGGCCGGGUUUCUGGCAAGACAGGGGGUUCUCAGGUCACCAAGUAUCAGGAAGUGGACAAAGUCCACCAGAGCCAUUUAAUUAGAAUUCUUUUUUUUUUUUUUUUAUAUAUAUAUAAGUAAUUUAAUUAGAAUUCUUGAACAAGAGAGAUUGCAGUUUUUGAGUUGAGCCAUGCAGCUCGGCACAUUCACCAUUUAAAGUCAUUUUCAGGAGCCAGCUUUGUUAAAUGUUUUGAACAAUGAA